UUGAGUUAGGGUUUCUGCUAUUUCCUUCCUCUCAGCUCAUCAUUUUGCAACCCUUCGAAAGCUAGAGAACUCAGCAGACGAAGAUGGCGGAAAGAGGUGGGGAAAGAGGCGGCUUUGGCCGUGGUUUCGGACGUGGUGGUGGCCGUGGCGACCGUGGACGCGGACGCGGCGGUCGUCGUGGUGGUGGUCGGCGAGAAGAAGAGGAGAAAUGGGUACCCGUCACCAAACUAGGGAGACUCGUGAAAGAAGGGAAGAUCAAAACCUUGGAACACAUCUAUCUUCACUCACUUCCUGUGAAGGAGCACCAGAUUAUCGAAACCCUCUUACCUAAUCUCAAGGAUGAGGUUAUGAAGAUUAUGCCUGUUCAGAAACAGACCAGAGCAGGUCAAAGAACCCGUUUUAAGGCCUUCGUUGUUGUGGGUGAUACUAAUGGUCAUGUUGGGUUGGGUGUGAAGUGUAGCAAGGAGGUUGCGACUGCUAUUCGUGGAUCUAUCAUUCUUGCGAAGUUGUCUGUCAUACCUGUUAGGAGAGGUUACUGGGGUAAUAAGAUCGGGAAGCCUCACACUGUGCCCUGUAAGGUUACUGGUAAGUGUGGCUCUGUUACGGUCAGGAUGGUGCCUGCUCCGCGAGGUGCUGGUAUUGUUGCUGCUAGGGUGCCGAAAAAGGUUCUUCAGUUCGCUGGGAUUGAUGAUGUGUUCACUUCUUCUCGUGGGUCGACGAAAACUCUCGGGAAUUUCGUCAAGGCCACUUUUGACUGCCUUCUGAAGACAUACGGUUUCCUUACUCCCGACUUCUGGAGGGAGACACGCUUCACAAAGUCUCCUUUCCAGGAGUUCACGGAUUCACUAUCAAAACCUACUGCAAAGGCAAUCAUAUUUGAGGAAGACAAGUUGGAAUAGAUGGAUUUUUUGCUUAGCAGCAUACCCCAACCCCAUAUGGAUAAGUUUUGUUUGUUGGGCAAUGGCGGAUAGAUGUUUCAGUGGAGUUUCCUUUCUGGACAAGUUUUCUUGCUUCUUCCUUCUUUUUUUUGGAAAAUUAGAUUUAGAUUGUAGUAACAUCCUUAGAAUGCUACACCCAAUUUAAUUUUUUGUUUUCUGCCGAGCAACUGUUCCUUAUGUGUUAUGUUGUUUUUCUUGUUUCUUUUCUCUAUUGUGGGCAUUUAUGUGAACAUAUUCUUUUUAUUAUCUUGUUUUCGGUUUUCAUGCAUCA